AUGAGCGGGUCCUGCUGGAGGCGGGUCCCAGCCAGAGGUGCAUGGCCCGCCCUCCGUGGCUCGCUCGCGCUGUCCGCUUCUCUGUGCCCCUCUGCAGUGUCGCGCCCCAGGCUGCGGGAGGAGCUGAGCCCCAAGCAAACGCGGCGUAACAGGAGGUGGUCCAGCUGCGCCCGGGGCCCUAGGCCGGCGUCCUCCGGAGGGGAGCAAGAGAAGCAGGAGACUGUGACAGACCGAGGUCCCUGCCAAGAUGCGGCCGCCCUGGGGGCUCACGCUCCUACUGCUGCUCUCCUGGGUGGCAGGUGGAUUAGGGAGCACGGGCAGGUGAGUGACUGCCUAGCGAUCGGCCCCUUCUCUUUGUCCGGGGUCCCUCCAGGCACCCUCGCGCGUGUGUGGCGAACUCUUUUCAGUCGCUGCGCCCCACCUAGCCGCAUCCCGCGGGUUACGGGAGAGAGGCCAGGCGUCGUGUGCGCAGACCUGAGAGUCUCCAACUGGCUGCCAGCCGCCCUUGUGCUGCAGAAGGAGGGAAAGAAACUUAGGACACGACAGAAGAAGCUUCUGCCAUGCUCGGGCUGCGCCUGCUUCCCCGCCACGGCUCCUCUCCCCGCCGCCUUUCAGAACUGGGAAGAGAAAGCAGCGCUUGCAAGGACUCAUGGGCUCUCAGCACGGGCAGACCAGCCUGGGGUCUGUCGCUAUGGAGCCAAACUGGCCUGCUGCCACGGCUGGAGAAGAAAGAGCAACGGAGACUGUGAAGCUACGUGUAUCCAUGGUUGCAAGUUCGGGGAGUGUGUGGGACCAAACAAAUGUAGAUGCUUUCCAGGAUAUACCGGGAAAACCUGCAGUCAAGAUGAGAAUGAGUGUGGCUUCAACCCUCGGCCGUGCCCACACAGAUGUGUGAACACCCUCGGUAGCUACAAGUGCUUUUGUCUCAGCGGCUUCAUGCUGAUGCCAGAUGCCACGUGUGUGAACUCUCAGACAUGUGCCCUGACAAGCUGCCAGUAUGGCUGUGAAGAGACAGAGGGUGGGCCACGGUGCCUGUGUCCAUCCUCAGGACUGCGUCUGGCCCCCGACGGGAGGGUCUGCACAGAUAUUGAUGAAUGUGCCUCUGGUAAAGCCAUCUGCCCCUACAAUCGAAGAUGUGUAAAUACAUUUGGAAGCUACUACUGCAAAUGCCAUGUUGGUUUUGAACUGAAAUACAUCCAUGGACGAUAUGACUGUGUAGAUCUAAAUGAAUGUGCUGUGAAUACCCACCCAUGCAGCCUCCAUGCCAAUUGCCUCAAUACGCAAGGAUCCUUCAAAUGUAAAUGCAAGCAGGGCUACAAAGGCAACGGACUUCAAUGUUCUGUUAUCCCUGAGAAUUCUGUGAAGGAAAUCCACAGAGUGCCUAGUACCGUCAAAGAUACAAUCAAGAAGCUGCUUGCUCACAAGAAGAGUAUGAGAAAGAAGGAAAAAAUUAACAAUGCAAUCCCAGAAUGCACUGGUACUCCUGCUCCUAAGGUUAACUUGCAGCCAUUCAACUAUGAAGAAAAUGUUUACCAAAGGGAGAACGCUAAUGGAGACAAAAAGGGGCCUGAAGAGAGAAAGGAAAUGGGGCUUGGGGGAGAGAAAAGAGAUGAGAAAGCUCUGAAGAACCACGUGGAGCAGGAGCAAAGGCUUCGAGGAGAUGUGUUUUCCCCUAAGGUUGAUGAAGCAAAUGAAUUUGGUCUGGUUGUGGUCCAGAGAAAACCUCUAACAUCCAAACUGGAACACACAGAUUUCAAUAUCUCAGCAGACUGCAGUUUUGAUCAUGGGAUCUGUGACUGGAAACAGGAUAUAGAAGAUGAUUUUGACUGGAGUCCUGCUGAUCGAGAUAAUGCUGUUGGCCAUUAUAUGGCAGUUCCCGCCUUGGUGGGGAACAAGAAGGACCUUGGCCGAUUGAAACUUCUUCUCCCCAAUCUACAGUCCCAAAGCAACCUCUGUUUGCUCUUUGAUUACCGGCUGGCUGGAGACAAAGUGGGGAAGCUUCGAGUAUUUGUGAAAAAUAGUAACAAUGGUCUGGCGUGGGAGGAGACCAAAAGUCAAGACAAAAGAUGGAAGACGGGGAAAAUUCAGUUGUAUCAAGGGAUGGAUACUACCAAAAGUAUCAUUUUUGAAGCAGAACGUGGCAAGGGCAAAACUGGCGAAAUUGCAGUGGACGGUGUCUUACUGAUUUCGGGCUUCUGUCCAGAAGACCCUGUAUCUGUGGAUGGUUGA